CAUGAGACUCUCUGAGAACAAGGAUCACACAUGGAGCUGGAGUACUAUGGAUGUCGUUACCUCCAACUGGAAAGAUAUACUGAUUGUGGCUGUGUAUCUCCUGCUGGUCUUGUACAUUGGUCUACGGGCUUUAUCAAGAGAUCGGUCAACAAUAAAAGGCUUCUUCCUUGCUGGCCAAAAUCUAGUAUGGGGGCUGAUAGGUGGUUCUCUUUUUGCUGCAAAUAUUGGCAGUAGCCACUUUAUUGGCCUGGCAGGGAUAGGAGCAUCUUCAGGGAUAGCCAUUGGGGCCUUCGAAUGGAAUGUUUCUGUCCAGCGGAGCCUGGCCGGGAAGAACAAAUCUCACAUGAGAGUUGGCUUCAUUAUGUACGGGUACCUGAAGCUGUUGCCCAUGUUCCUCAUGGUGAUACCAGGAAUGAUCAGCCGCACUUUUUACCCAGACCAAGUGGCCUGUGUUGUACCUUCAGAAUGUGAAAAGUACUGCGGUGCUCAAAGCAGUUGUUACCCUGUCGCUUAUCCAAGGCUGGUGGUAUCGCUACUACCUAUUGGCCUACAGGGAGUGAUGUUGUCCACAGUAUGCGCCGCCAUCAUUUCCUCCCUGACUUCCGCUUUCAACAGCAUCAGUGCCCUGUUCACAAUGAACAUCUAUGCCUGGAUGCGGCCUAAGGCCUCCGAAAACGAACUCAUGAUAACAGCAAGGUUUUUUAUUAUAACCUUACUUGCCACCACCAUUGUUUGGAUCCCUAUUAUAGAAACAUCUCUCAGUGAAAAAUUAUUUGAACAUACGCUACUGAUAAAGAGCUGCCUGACGCCGCCCAUUACUGCCCUCUUCAUACUCGCUGUGUUUUCCAGGAGAAUCAAUGAGGAGGGCGCCUUCUGGGGGCUGACUUUCGGGAUUAUGAUUGGUUUAUUUCGACUGCUGCCUGAGCUUAUCUACAGACACAGGACCUGCGAGGACGAGAAGUGCCUCAUGCCCCUGUGCAGCAUGCACUACCUCUAUUUUAGCAUGCCCCUCCUCCUGGUCAGCCUCCUCAGCAUGCUGGGGAUCUCCUUCUUCAGAGACCCAAUUCCAGACAAACAUCUCCACAGGCUCUGCUGGAGCUUGCGAAAGAGCCGAGAGGAGAGGAUCGAUCUGGACAGGGACAGAACAUGGAAGAGACUGCCAAGAUUCCAGGCCACACCAGCUAUGUUUGGGGAUUCCAAAAGUUACUUCUGGGAGGGCUUUCAACUCUAUUUUGGCCUGGAGCCGCACAUGAACUCCAAGGUAGCUCCUGCAAAGACCACCAAGGAGACAAAUGCAACUAGGAAGAGGAAAUAUAGUGAUUCUCUAGAAGAUGCUAAGGUCUCGAGCUCCAGAGAGUCAUCCAUAAAAAUGGAAGUAAGUAAGGAAAAGGUGGGGCAAGGUGACACACUAGAAGGUGCGGACAUCCUGGCUCAAGGACAGCUAUCCGCAAAGAUGAAGGCAUCCACAGAGACGAUGGAAGAUAAAAAGGGGAGUGAUAUGUUGGACAGGCCCUACUGGAAGAAGGUGAUCAGUUCCAGUGGGACCAUCCUGAUCACACUCGUGGUCCUUGGUCACAUCUACUUUGCCUGAAGCAGCUCAAGCCUGAGGUGUCUUGAGGGCCCCAAGGCUGCUGCCUCUCCCAGACUUCCAUCAAGAAAAGAGAAGAAGUGUUUCCUCCUAGGAGACCCAAGAAUAUGGGGUCAACACUUAUAGCACUGAAAAUGUCCCCUCAGUGUCAUAUAUCAAAUGCCACCAGCCACAGGGGUAUGGAUUUUGUGGAAUUCUUAU